AUGUUAUCCUAUGUGUCCAUCCCCGGCAUGUUAUCCUAUGUGUCCAUCCCCGGCAUGUUAUCCUAUACGUGUCCAUCCCCGGCAUGUUAUCCUAUGUGUCCAUCCCCGGCAUGUUAUCCUAUGUGUCCAUCCCUGGCAUGUUAUCCUAUGUGUCCAUCCCCAGCAUGUUAUCCUAUGUGUCCAUCCCCGGCAUGUUAUCCUAUGUGUCCAUCCCCGGCAUGUUAUCCUAUGUGUGUCCAUCCCCGGCAUGUUAUCCUAUGUGUGUCCAUCCCCGGCAUGUUAUCCUGUGUGUCCAUCCCCGGCAUGGGCGGACUGACAACUCAUGGGGCCCCCGGGCUAUAG